CUGCUGUCCGUGGCCAUGACCUGCUGCUUCAUAUGGCAGUAUAGGAUGCCAAAGCUGAAGACAGGUAAAGUCUAUCAGACCAACACAUUUGCAGUAGAGGAGAUGUGCCCUCUCUUUCCUGAGCCUGUGCCCCUCACACAUCCCAUCCCAUCGCUGAGAGGGGCCUUAGAAAGGAUAGAUGUACUCCUGAGGUCGAGCAUUCACACCCCCAGGCUGCCAGCGAUAUCGGCCAUCGUUGUUUUAAAUGACUCGGUUUUGUGGAAUGGAAACUUUGGCAAGAAGAAUGUAAGCGAUCCGUCCUCAUCGGCACCCAAUGAGUACACAGUGUACAGAAUUGCGAGCCUCUCUAAGAUCUUCCCCACGCUGAUGCUAUACAAGCUCUGGGAGGACGGCCUGGUGGACUCUCUGGACGACCCUCUGGACAAAUACGCAGACAACUUUACCAUUAAGGACCCUCUGAGGAAAGGUGGGGGGCCAGCAUCCUCGGCAGUCAGGACCCUCGGCAGCCACUUCCCUGGACUCACCCUACGCAGGAUGGCCGGCCAGCUCUCUGGGUUACCCAGAAGGUUACGGUCAACUAAUCUCCUUUGGAAUGGAGACACAGAGGCAGCCCUCCAUUUGUUACAGGAUGAUGUCCUUGUGGCUGAGCCCGGCACCAAAUGCCACUACAGCAAUGUUGCUUUUUCCUUAUUGGCCAACAUCUUGGCCCAGAGGGUGACUGGCUCAGACUUUGAGAGCUGGGUGUCAGACAACAUUCUAGAGCGGCUCAGCAUGGAGGACACUGGUUUCAACUUGAAUCCAGCCAUUCAGAGGCAGAUGGCUGUGGGUGUGUACAGCAACGGCCAGCCAGUUCCCCUCUACGACCUCGGCUGGUACCGACCUGCAGGCCAGAUGUAUUCCACAGCAGCUGACAUGGCCAAGCUCAUGAUGGCUAUUCUGGGUGCAUACGGUGGAACCCUGCUCCGCCAGGACACCCUGAACACCAUGCUGACCCCACUCUUCCGAUGCCACAGCGGCUACUUUGCCAACUCCACCGGCACACCUUGGGAGAUCAACGAGCAGUUUGGCUAUGAUGUGGUGAGGAAGGACGGCGACCUGGACGGUUAUGCGGCCACCUUCUCCCUGGUGCCACGGCUUAAACUGGGACUGGUGGUCCUGAUGGCUGGGGUUCGGCCUGCAGACCAGGACCUUGUGAGUCAGGCCUACAGCUUUCUCAUCCCCGCAAUGGAGAGGGCUUUUAGAAAUGCUCGACGAACUCUCAGACCGACGCCCAACUCAGCUCCCUAUGUGGGUUUUUUCACUUACAGGAAUAUGACCUUCUAUGAGAUUUCGGUGGACUCAGACGGGGUGCUGGUCAUGCAGCAGUUUGGACCACAGGUGGACGCAACUGUCCCCUCCAAGUACCGAACUAUUCGGCUAGAUUUCCUGCAGGACAGGGUGUUCAGGGUGGUGUUUGAGAGCCCAUACCCUUGCAAGCUGAAGGUUAACAGUGCCUCUGUCUCCCUGGAGGCACAGGACAGACAGCUUUUCAACUUUUACCUCUUUAACAAGAAAGGCGUGUCGCCAGGGUUUGAUUCCCCGGGACUCAACACUUACAAAGUGACAAGGAUAGCUGGCAGGCCAUACUUUACUUCAUAA